ACCUCUCCGCCCACACACCCACCACCAUUUCCUCCUCCUUCUUCUACCUCUAGCUCGGCAUUGCUAGCUCGAUCUCACCGGUCGUCGUCUCCGGCGAGCCGCGCGGGUUAGUUUGCGAGGAUCAUGCGGAUGAGCUGCAACGGGUGCCGCGUGCUGCGCAAGGGGUGCAGCGACAACUGCGCCAUCCGCCCCUGCCUGCAGUGGAUUCGCAGCCCCGAUGCGCAGGCCAACGCCACCGUCUUCCUCGCCAAGUUCUACGGCCGCGCCGGCCUCAUCAACCUCAUCACCGCCGGCCCCGAGCACGUCCGUCCUGCCAUAUUCCGGUCGCUGCUGUACGAGGCUUGCGGGCGGAUGCUGAACCCGGUGUACGGAUCCGUCGGCCUCCUCUGGUCGGGGAACUGGCAGCUUUGCCAGUCCGCCGUCGAGUCCGUCCUCCGCGGCAUGCCCAUCGCGCAGCCGCCGCCGUCCGCCACCGCCGUGCCCCCGCUCCCCACCUGCGACAUCCGCCACGUCGGCGCCAGGAGAGGCGACGUCCAUGGCGCCGCGGCCGGCCCGGUUGCCGACCUCCACCGGCUUGACAUCAGCUCGCGCGCCAAGUUCAAGAGGCCCGGCGGCGGCGCCGCCGCCGCCCACAGGUCCGACCAUGCCGCCUUCGAGCUCGUCUUCUCCAAGCCCGCCGCCGCCAUGGCCGUCGAUGUGAUAAGGCAGGCGCAGCCGCUCAACUGGGCGCCCGGGGCGCUCAGCCACGAGUCGGCGAGCCACGACGCCGCGCCGCCGGAGAGCGAGGGCCACAGCAACGACACGGCCGACACCGUGGACGGCUCCCACGUCAGCCAGUCGGAGCCGGAGCCGAGAGCGACGUCGGCGGCGACCGAGGUGCACGACGCCGGCCUAGACCUCACAUUAGGUCUACCGCCGCCGCCGCCGCCGGUGCAAAAGACCGAGCCGGCGGACAGCGACGGCGGCAGCCAGCAGCAACACGAUCAUCGGAAGGAGAAGCCGGUGGAGCUCGGCUUGGCGAUCUCAACUAAAGUAGCAGCUCAAUGACCGAUCAAUAUAUACCUAAAUAUUUGUGAUCAAAUUUCCAAUGGACAUAUACUGAUAGAGAAAUAUAUAUAUAUGGAUCAGGAGGAGUAUUUUGACGGUCAUAAGUGUCAAUUAAUUAGGUGUUAAUUCAUAGGAGCUAGCUAGUGUGUAUUUGAUGUCUUCCAAUAUUGGAGACAUCGAUGUAAUAAUCAUCCACCUGUUCUUUUUUUUCUAUACACUGUCAUAUUCAUUUUUCUCUUUUCAUCUCUUAUCCUUUUUAGUUUGAGAUCAAUAUUUUCCAUGUAUA